AUGCAGCUCACCAACAUCAUCUUUGCCUGCGCCGCCAUCUGCACUGUAUCCGUCAGCAUCAUCCCCGUGGUUCGCACUCCCACCACCCUCUCCAUAGUGGCCGGCAAACCCACUCGCGCCGCGAAAGGGCACCCCUUCAAGCACCACGCCCGAAGCGCCGCCGACGAUGCGCUGACGCCCGCAAACUUCGCCAACGUCCAGGCGGACCGCAAGAAGGCGCAGCAUGCUGGCUCAACGGCUUAG